GGCAGCGGGAGCGCGAUGGAUCGAAAGAGGCCGUUUUCGAAGUGCAAAGUUCAACUCGUGCUGCUGCACCCAUUGGCGCCAAAAAAGUUUCUGAGCCAGCUGCGCAGGCGCGAGGCUCCGACGCACUAGCGAGUGCGCAGCGCCGGGGAGGGGAGGGGCGGCCUGCGUUUUGGUUGCCUGGAUACCACGACGCAACAGUAGCGGCAAAGGAGAGGGCCGGGCGUGGAGGGUCUCUGCCCUCAUUCGCCGGGAAGCAGAGGAGGAGCCGGCUGUCGCGGUCCCUGGAGCAAUGCCACUUCCCGACACCAUGUUCUGCGCGCAGCAGAUCCACAUUCCCCCAGAGCUGCCGGACAUCCUGAAGCAGUUCACCAAGGCUGCCAUCCGCACCCAGCCCGCCGACCUGCUGCAGUGGUCUGCGGGGUAUUUUUUAGCUUUGUCGCAGGGAGAUCUGCUCCCUAUAAAGGACAGAGUCGAAAUGCCCAUGGCAACCCAGAAAACAGACACAGGCCUGACCCAGGGACUCCUGAAGGUCCUGCACAAGCAGUGCAGCCACAAGGCCUACGUGAGCCUGCUGGACUUGGAGCGUAAGUGGCGGACGCUGUGCUUGCCAGUGGAGAAGCUGCGGGCUCUGCUCCAGCUGGACCCCUGUGAAGACAAAAUCGAGUGGUUGAAGUUCCUUGCCCUGGGGUGCAGUGCGCUGGGUGGGUCCCUGAACACCGCCAUGAAGCACUUCUGUGAGAUCCUCACCGCCGACCCCGAGGGCGGCCCGGCCCGCAUCCCGUUUGACACCUUCUCCUAUGUGUACCGCUACCUGUCCAGGCUGGACUCGGACGUCUCGGCGCUGGACACGGAGUCGUACCUGGCCACGCUGAAGGACAGCGUCUCUAGGAAGAAUGGCAUGGUAGGACUUUCGGAUUUCUUCGCUCCACAGAGAAGCACCCUGAAACUGUGAAAACGAAGCUCUCACAAUGAGGCCACUCAGAGAUGGUGUUUUCAAGUCACUAUAGCGCUUUUGUCAACCCGGGCACCAAAUACAACUUGUCAGUGACA